AUCAACACCGACACCGACACCGACACCGACACACGAGAUCAAUCACAGCCAGCACUGUUAUCAUUCCGGCCGUCUCGGAAGGGCUCACAAAACACAUCUCUCUACAGAACCACCUUCAGGAAACAUGGCCUCAUCAGCGCCCAAAAAACGCCUCCAAGCCCUCUCGGAGCAUCUCAUCAACCGCCCCAAAUCUACAGGCCAAUUCGAAAACAUCCCCACCAUCCCCACCGUCGCCCCUUCCAGCAAUGGCCCCCGCAUGAAAGACAAAAUCUGUAUCAUCACCGGCGGCAACUCUCCUUUAGGAAUCGGUCGUGCCACAGCACACCAUUACGCGAAUAACGGUGCCAAAGCCAUCUUUCUUUGCGAUCUGAAUACGGAUUAUCUAGAGGUGCAUAAGAGGGAAAUCGAGGGGAAGUAUCCUGGAUGUGAGGUGCUUGGGAGGAAAGUUGAUGCGGGAAAGGAAGAGGAUGUUGCGAAGGUGGUUGAUGAGGCUUUGAGUCGGUUUGGGAGAUUAGAUGUUUUUUUCGCGAAUGCGGGGAUUUCGGUGACGAUGAAGAGUGUUUUGGAGAGUGACGCGGAGGAUUUUAUGGAUGUUAUGAGGGUGAAUGCUCUUUCGGUGUUUCUUGCUGUUAAGCAUGGGGCGAGGGGGAUGUUGGUUACGGGGAGUGAGAAGAAGUUUCCUGGCGGUAGUAUUGUUGGGACUGCUUCCUCGGCCGGCAUGCGUUCGAAUGCUGGGGCGACGGAUUACAGUGCGAGUAAAGCGGCGGUCAUCUCUAUCAUGCAGACAUCUUGCUAUCAACUUUCUGGAACUGGCAUCAGGUGUAAUGCGAUAUGUCCUGGCAUUAUCGAGACUGGUAUGACUUCACAGAUGUACGAGAUGGCUCGAGCACGAGGAUCUGAGCAGAAGAUUGGCCAACUGAACCCGUUGAUGAGAGGAGGUGUUGCUGAUGAGGUUGCGAGAGUGGCGCUUUUCUUGAGCAGUGAUGAGAGCAGUUAUGUAAAUGGGCAGGCGUGGGCGGUAUGUGGUGGUCUCACAGCAGGCCAUCCAUUCGUGCCUGGAAAGUUGGCGUAGAGAAACGCAAGAGCGCAUUUGAGUGACAAG